AUGGCAAACCCUUCUACGACCCUGCCGCCAGCCGGUCCGAAGGGCCUGUCAAUAUUGGACUCAGAGCGCAUGCAAUCCGGCAUUGAUACCGACAACCUGGCACAUCACCUUCUUGGUUGCGAUGGAUUUCGAGAUCGCCAGAAACGUAUUCUCACUGUCCUGGAACAACAUCCUCUCUUCUGCAAAAGGACGACUCUGCAUUUAUCGCGAGUCGAGAGGUUUCACUUGGGUUUGGCUAGGGCCAAAGAACUUCGAAGACUGUCCCGACGAUUUGGUUGGAGUAACGAGGACGAUCGAAUGGCCGAGUAUCUCCUCGACGAAGUGUCUCCAUUUGCAUUAACACACAGUCUUUUCUCGACGUCGAUCCUCGAGCAAGGGACCGAUGAGCAAAGAAGCUACUGGCUGCCCAAGGUGGACAGGUGGGAGAUUGUGGGUUGCUACGCCCAGACGGAGCUGGCUCACGGAAGCAAUGUGCAAGGCAUCGAGUGCCAGGCCGAAUGGAAUCCUGCCACGCGCGAUUUUACCAUUCACAGCCCAAAGUUAACAUCCGCAAAAUGGUGGAACGGAGGUCUAGGUCGUCUUGCUGAUCACGCCAUCGUUGUGGCCCAGCUGCUGGUUCCAGAUACGCGCAACGUUCUGCAGCGCCACGGGCCACACCUGUUUAUCGUCCAGAUUAGAGACAUGAACACACGGCAACCUCUACCAGGCAUCACUAUCGGCGACAUCGGACCAAAGUACGGGUAUGCUACGAUGGACAACGGGUAUAUGCUAUUUCACCACUUUCGGGUCCCGUUCUCGGCAAUGCUCGCAAGGCAUUCAAGCAUAGACGCCGAAGGGAGGUACCGUAAACCCGCCAACAGGUCCCUCUUAUACGGCACGAUGACCUCGGCCCGUGCACAAAUCGUGUCACACGCACGCCUGGUGCUCGCUCGAGCGGUGACGAUUGCGAUUCGUUAUACACUCGUUCGGCGACAGUUUCGCGACAGAGAUGCUGGAUCCGAGAGUCCCGAGGAGCAAGUCCUGAAUUACCCAACCGUACAGAUUCGAAUACUACCGCUACUGGCCGCCGUUUAUGCGCUACAUUACACGGGCGAGGCUAUGUCUAUGUUGUACGAAUCAUCUCGAAAGCGCGUAGAAGAGGGCGACGGGACUGCGCUUGCAGGCUUGCACGCCUCAUCCUCUGGUCUGAAGGCUCUCUGCACAACCAUUGUGGCAGACGGAAUCGAGACAUGCCGCCGAGUCUUGGGAGGUCACGGCUACGGGCCAGGCAGUGGGUUGACAGUUUUGAAUGCUGACUAUUUGGCCAAGGCUACGGUCGAGGGGGACAAUUGGAUGAUCACGCAGCAAACGGCGAGCUACUUGAUCAAAAAGAUGCAAAAGUGUGUCGAAAGCGACGCUGCUGCUACUUCCAUGGACACCACCGAGAAGUUCUUCCGGGCUUUUAUCGCCGAACGUGCUGAUGCUAGUGGGUUUUGUCGUCAGAUAGAGUCAUUCACAGACCCCGUCGAAUUGCUGAGAGCAUUUCGGUACCGAACCGCUAGUCUCGCCUACCAUGCAUACGUACUACGGGUGGCCAAGGGCGCUCCUUGGACUGAGAUGAUGAUUCUACUUCGAACAUUGUCCAACGCACACUGUCAAACUUUGCUCGUCGAGCAUUUUGCAGCAGGCCUCAACCAAAGAAAAGCGAACAAUUCUCUGUAUGGGCACACCUUGGCGGUGCUGGAGACACUCUUCCGCCUGUUCGCCUUGCACACGCUGGAAGUCAGCGUGUCAGAGUUCCUCGAGUUCGGCAUACUUGUGCCCUCUCAACUCGACAGGUUGCGUGAAGAUAUUCGGCUAUUAAUGCAAGAGGUGCGACCGCACGCUGCUAAGCUCGUGGAUGCGUGGGAAAUUCCAGAUUAUCUCAUCGCAGGGAGUUUGGGCAAGUACGCAGGAAAUGUCUAUGAAGAGCUUUUCCAAGCUGCCCAUUAUGAAAAUCCACUCAAUGGACAGAACUUCAACGCGAAGUGGGAGAGCCGCGAGAUCCUCUUGGGCGAAGGAGAAGAGGCUGCGGACGAGCGAAUCUCUGCUAUGUUGGCCGUCAAGACCAGCGGUAGAGACACGGGGGCUCCCAGUCCGAAGUUGUGA